AUGACGGCGAAUGACGGGUUUUACCCAUAUCAGUUCACCUUCAAUACGUUGGUGAAUGGUUUAUGUAAUGCAUGCUAUGUUAAACAUGCUUUGGAGAUCAUGGAUGUGAUGCUUCGUGAGGGGUUUGAUCUAGAUAUAUUUACUUACAACUCUUUGAUUUCGGGAUUGUGUAAAAUUAGUGAGAUCAAGGAGGCAGUGGAGGUUUUAGACCAAAUGGUUUCGAGGGAUUGUUCGCCCAACAUUGUUACAAAUAAUACUUUAAUUAGCACCUUGUGUAAGGAGAACCAAAUUGAAGAGGCCACCGAGCUUGCUCGUGUACUUACGAGUAAGGGGGUUUUACCUGAUGUUUGCACAUUUAAUUCUUUGAUUCAAGGUCUGUGCCUGACAAGAAAUCAUAGUAUUGUUGUGGAAUUGUUUGAGGAGAUGAAAAAUAAUGGGUGCAAACCCGAUGAAUUUACCUACAACAUGUUGAUUGAUAGCUUUUGUUGCAGAGAGAAUCUAGAAGAAGCUUUACGUCUGCUGGAAGAAAUGAAAUCGAGUGGCUGUGCUUGGAAUGUUAUUACUUAUAAUACAUUGAUCGAUGGGUUAUGCAAAAAUAAGAGGGUCCGAGAAGCAGAGGAUAUCUUUGAUGAGAUGGAAAUUCAAGGGGUUUCAAGAAAUUUCGUGACAUAUAACACCCUCAUCGACGAUCUUUUCAAAAAUAAGAGGGUAGAAGAGGCUGCUCAGCUUAUGGACCAAAUGCUAAUAGAAGGCUUGAAGCCUGAUAAAUUCACAUACAAUUCUUUGCUUACAUACUUUUACAGGUCUGAUGAUAUUAAAAAGUCGGCGGAUAUUGUCCAAACCAUGACUUCAAACGGGUGUGAACCAGACAUUGUAACAUACGAAACCCUGAUUGGGGCCUUUGUAAGAAGAAAGAGAGGUAAUGAAGCUAUGAGGCUUUACAGAGAGAUGUUGGAGAAGUGUGACCCUCCUGAUGUCGUCACAAACAAGAUAUUAUUUCGUGGCCUUUGUAGUGGUGGUGGACCAAUUGGAGAAGCUGCUGAUGUCACGAAUGAAAGAGAAGAACAAGACGGGGAGAUUAGAAUUGAAGCGAGAGAAUAA